GGCCCACAGGCGGGCGGGAGCCGCGCCCUCCAGGGGCGUGGCCCCCCGAGGCUCCGACGGCGGGCCGCGAGGCCGAGCGCCGCGGCGCUGCCGCCGCGGAUGCCGGCUGGGCUGCGGCGCUGCGUGCUGCAAGGCCUGGCGCCGCGGCCGGGCCGCGGCCGAGCCGCCGCGGCCGCCCCGCGCUGGCAGGCCGGCGGGCGCCCGGGGCCGCAGCCGGGCGCCGGCCGCCGCACGCUGGCGGCCCUCCGGCAGCAGACGCCCGGGACCCAAGGCCCGCAGCAGUGCGUCAGCCGCCGCACGUUCGCGGCCUUCCGGCAGCAGACGCCCGGGACCAGUUCCGAAGGCACCUGGAGGUAUCGCCAGCAGAUGGAGGCUAGCGAACGACAGGUAUGGUGGAUAGCUGCUGGUAUCAUGGCGAUCUUCGCCGGCGUCUUCGCGUUGGUCCCGCUCUACAAGAUAUAUUGCCAGUCCACGGGGCAGGGGCAGGCGCAGGCGACUGGCCACAAGGAGUAUUCGGCGCCGCCAGAUCCGGGUUCACCGGAGGCAAAGCGGCUCAUCACGGUGGAUUUUGCUGGCACAGUACAUGACGGGCUGCCUUGGAAGUUCAUACCACAGCAGCGUCGCGUGGUCGUGGGACUGGGGGAGACCGCGCUCGCGUUCUACCGCGUCAGGAAUAUGAGCGACAAGCCGAUCAUAGGCG